UGUGCGUGCGUGCGUGCGUGUGUGUCGGUGGACAUUUUAACCCGGAAGACAGGUGAGCGCUUCAGGUAGCGGUGGAAAUAACUCAGCGAAGGAAACGGCUCAGUAAAUCCUCCCGAAUCUCGGCAUGGAGAUCACACAGGAGUCGAUACUGUCGGUGUUGGUCGAGGAAGGUGGGAAGAUUCAAAACUCGGAGUUAGUGAGUAAAUUUAAAGCGCCAUUAAACUGCAGCGAUCCGACCGAGAAGAAGCAGAACAGAGAUCUGUUCAAGAUGAUCAUCAACAACGUCGCGGUGGUUAAAGUGACAGAGGAGGUGAAAUACGUCGUGCUGAGGAAAAAGUACCAGCAUUUACUGAAGAACAGGUCAGAUGAUGGGACUGAAGAAAAGGAGGAGGGAGAAGGCGGUGAGCCGGAGAAGGUGGAACUAAACCCGGCAGCAGAACUCAGAGAAGUGUGUGAGAAUGAAGCAGCUCCUGAGGAGAACGAAUCAGAGCAGAAACCUCCCUCAGACAGUGGAGCUGACCCCUCACACAGCUCUCCAGCUCCGUCCUUCAUCGAGCUGGCUUUACAAAGACAGAAAUCUACAGACUUCAAGGUAAAGAAGUCAUUACACUUCGUGACACCUCUCAAAUCAGGUACACAUGACUCACAGAAGCACGGACCUGCCCGCUCCACCAACAGCGAGACGAGCGAACACAAACGCUUCGCCCUGCCGUUACGCACGCCUCCCGUGGCUGUCGCUCCUGUGGCACGGGAAGACUUGAGUACAAUGAAAAUUCCAUCAAACGACACCAAUCCGGUCCAAGUCCACUUGGCUCCAGUGAGCUCCACACCAGGGCCUCCCUGUUCACCUCGAUAUAAGAGACGCUCGUCUGUGGACAGCGUGGGGAUCAGCAGCUCUCCACAAACACGCAGACACUGCAAAAGUGCUAAACCUGCAGACGAGCCCAAGUACAGUGACACCGCCCUGCUAGAAAUCUCCGAACACGAGUGGAUGGUGAAGUCUGCGUCAGGACAGUGGGGUUAUCUGUACGGCCUGCUGCUAAAGGACGCCCAGCUGGCGGAGAAAAAGGAUUUCAUUUCAGGCUUCACGGCCUUACACUGGGCAGCAAAGUGUGGAAACGGCGACAUGCUGUGCAAGAUCAUCGACCUGUCCAGGAAGAACGGAAAUGGCGUGGACAUCAACACCAAGUCCUACGCCGGCUACACCCCGCUACACGUCGCCGCCAUCCAUGGUCAGGAGUACGUCAUAGGCAUCUUGGUGAAUGAAUACGCUGCCAACUGUAAUGUUCGGGAUAACUCUGGGAAAAAGGCGCACCACUACCUGGAUACAGGUGCCUCGCGCUCGAUCCGGGAGCUGCUGGGGGGGUUGAAGGUGGUGCGUGCUGAGCCGCAGAAGAACACCGAGGACACUGACACUCACAAACAUGCUCACACCAUCAGCCGACUCUUCCAGCCACAAACGAUAGGCUACAAGAAGAAGCCCAAAUCCAGAAGCUCCGUCUUGUCCACACCUGAGGACGUGAAGGAUGAAAAGGGCGAGCACUCGAACCCCAUGCACAGGGUUCUUUCUGAUGUAUUUUCCUAAAAUCUCUCUGUAUGUAAACAUGUGACCGUGUGACCUUUAAUGUUCAUGUAAGAUCUGAAAUCAGUGCUCUUUUAACCUGUAUCUAACUUAUUCUUACUUUAUUUUAAUAAGACCUUUUUAUAUUCAGAAAGAUGUGGUCUGAGGUUCAGUAAUGGUGUAGAUUUUGAAUCGUUUAUUUUCCUCUUCUCACUUGUCUUGUGCAAAUACUGUCGGAAAUUUUUAAACUAGUGGAUUAUUGUUUAAUUAUAAAACUAGUAAACGAAUGACCCGGUUAAAACUCAUGUACUGGUGUUAUGGGUGAUUUAGGUGAAAGAUAGAUAAAUGUAUUCAUUCUUGCUUUCAUAUUAAAGUAAUGCUGGUUGAGGG